AGUAACUGUAAAUAAUAUUGUAAAUAUUCCAAAUUUAAACGUGUAAAUUUUCAAAUCGAACGUUUUUGAAUUUCGAACAUGCGUCUGUGUUUAUAGAUUAAAAAGUUUUUUAAUGCAAACGAUUUUUUAAGGCAACAAGAUGAUAGACCCCAGCUCUUCAGAAGAAGACAGCGAGGAUGAACAUAAGAAGCAGCCUUCCAAAUUACCCGUGGUACCACCAGGAUCCUUGGCGGGAGGUAGACCAUCAGUGAGGGGGAAACCAGAACUACCGCGUGGCUCCACUGCUGGUCUUCCAGGACCGAGUCCACUAACAACAGCACCGUUAGCUGCUCCCCUCCACCCUGCCACUAGGCAAAGAGAGGCCGCCGCCUUAGCACCACCACCUCAUGCAUCUUUCUUGCGCAGGACCUCGACGGGGAGUGCCAGCUCCGGGGAGGCGCCCGCCCCCUCCCCAAGUCCAUCAGGGGCGAGCCAUUCUGAUAAGGACCAAGACCCGCAGGAGAAGAUAGAAAAAAUGGAGGAAGACAAAAAGCGUCGUUUACAACUUUACGUAUUUGUGUCACGCUGCAUCGCCCACCCGUUCAACGCCAAGCAACCUACUGACAUGACACGGCGGCAUACAAAGCUGACCCCCCAUCAGCUGGAGACCAUACAAGCUCGGUUUCAGGCGUUCCUCAAAGGCGAAACACAAAUUUUGGCUGACGAAGCUUUCCAAAAUGCUGUUCAAUCGUACCAUGACGUGUUCCUUAAGUCGGAGAGAGUGGAACAAAUGGUGAAGUCUGGAGCGUGUUCUCACCACGACUUUCGCGAAGUUUUCAGAAACAAUAUAGAGAAGAGAGUCAGGUCUUUACCGGAGAUAGAUGGAUUAAGUAAAGAAACCGUACUAACAUCGUGGCUCGCUAAAUUUGAUUGUAUUAUGAAAGGAACCGGCAUUCCUGGAGAUGACGAGUCGAAAAGGCCGUCGAGAGCACAACAACAAAGUCUCAAUGCUGAAUGUAUUCUUAGCAAGGAACAAUUAUAUGACAUGUUCCAACAAAUCUUGGGUGUUAAAAAAUUCGAACAUCAACUCCUAUUCAAUGCCCUUCUCUUGGAUUCAGCUGACGAACAAGCAGCUGCAAUAAGAAGAGAAUUAGAUGGAAGAAUGCAGAAAGUCAAUGAGAUGGAGAGGAACCGCAAGCUAAUGCCGAAGUUUGUACUAAAAGAAAUGGAAUCCCUCUACAUAGAAGAACUGAAAUCCUCAAUCAACCUUCUGAUGGCCAACCUCGAGUCGCUUCCCGUCUCUAAAGGCGGGGCUGACUCUAAAUAUGGCUUACAUAAAAUCAAGCGGUAUAAUCACAGAUCAAAUGCCGGACCAGAUCCGACUCCAAGGUUGAGUAAGCAGCUGUGUUUCAGAUCGCAAGGGUCCCUCGCAAACAAGUUGACUGGUGAAGGCGAUAGUGGGGACGUCGAUACUCAACUUACGAAAAUGGAUGUUGUGUUAACAUUCCAAAUAGAGGUGGUCGUUAUGGAAGUAAAAGGUUUAAAGUCUUUAGCGCCCAAUCGGAUAGUAUAUUGUACGAUGGAGGUCGAGGGUGGUGAUAAACUACAGACUGAUCAAGCCGAAGCAUCAAAACCUAUGUGGGACACACAAGGUGAUUUCAGUACAACACAACCCUUGCCGGCUGUUAAAGUGAAAUUGUAUACAGAAAAUCCAGGAGUUCUCGCUUUAGAAGACAAAGAACUUGGCAAGGUGGUUCUUAGGCCAACACCACUAUCGAGUAAGGCUCCUGAAUGGCACCGAAUGACUGUACCAAAAAACUUGCCAGACCAAGACCUCAGAAUCAAAAUUGCAUGCCGUAUGGAUAAACCACUCAAUAUGAAACACUGCGGAUAUCUGCACGUCAUCGGCAAGAAUGUUUGGCGUAAAUGGAAACGCCGUUAUAUGGUGCUGGUCCAAGUCAGUCAGUAUACUUUCGCUCUAUGCUCAUACAAAGACAAAAAGUCCGAACCAGCCGAAAUGAUGCAGCUGGAUGGCUUCACGGUGGAUUACAUCGAGCUUGCUAGCGCACAACUAAUCGUCGGCCAAGAACUGGAAGGAGCAAAAUAUUUCAUGAAUGCGGUGCGCGAUGGAGAAUCGGUACUAAUGGGGGUUACUGAUGAGAAUGAGUGUCAUCUGUGGGUAAUGGCAUUAUAUCGAGCAACAGGACAGAGUCAUAAACCCACACCACCCACGACAUCUGAUACUCAUCAUAAAAUAAUGGGAGAUGCGGAUAAAGCCCGUAAACAUGGCAUGGAAGACUAUAUCCAAGCAGAUCCAUGCCAGUUCGAUCAUCAUAUGCUGUUCUGCAUGCUACAAUCGCAGACUUUGAAGUAUCGUCUUCAGGAUCCAUAUUGCUCAUUGGGAUGGUUUUCCCCCGGUCAAGUUUUCGUGCUUGAUGAAUAUUGUGCUCGAUAUGGUGUUAGGGGUUGUUACCGGCAUCUCUGCUACCUGUCGGAUCUUUUGGAUGUUGCUGAGAGUGGACAACAAACAGUGGAUCCGACUUUAAUGCAUUACUCCUUCGCAUUUUGCGCCAGCCACGUUCACGGCAACAGGCCUGAUGGAGUGGGCAGCAUCACGGUCCAGGAGAAGGAGAAAUUUGCCGAGAUAAAGGACAGACUGAAGACCUUGCUGCAAUAUCAAAUCACAAACUUCAGAUACGCGUUUCCGUUUGGACGCCCUGAAGGCGCUUUGAAGGCUACUCUGUCCCUGUUAGAGCGAGUUUUAAUGAAGGAUGUAGCAACACCUGUCGCUCCGGAAGAAGUGCGCACAAUGAUACAAACAAGCCUGGAAAACGCUGCUCUACUGAAUUACACACAACUUAGUCAGAAAGCAAAUAUCGAAGAGGAUCUUCGAGGUGAAACUAUGGUAACUCCCGCAAAGAAAUUAGAAGAUCUUAUCCAUUUAGCUGAGCUGUGUGUUGAUCUCUUGCAGCAAAAUGAAGAACACUACGCAGAGGCGUUCGCAUGGUUCUCCGAACUACUAGUAGAACACGCAGAAAUCUUCUGGGCGCUGUUUGGUGUCGAUAUGGAUAGAGUUCUGACUGAACAACCACCUGAUACUUGGGAUUCGUUCCCGCUCUUCCAGAUAUUAAAUGAUUACUUGCGAACAGAUGAAAAUCUGAAGGGCGGGAGAUUCCACGAACAUCUUCGUGAUACAUUCGCACCUCUUGUAGUACGUUAUGUGGACUUAAUGGAGUCGUCUAUUGCUCAAUCACUGCAUAAAGGCUUCGAAAAGGAACGUUGGGAGAUCAAAGGUAAUGGCUGCUCUACAAGCGAGGAGUUAUUCUGGAAAUUGGACGCGUUACAAUGCUUCAUCAGAGAUCUACAUUGGCCCGAGCCUGACUUCCGCUCACAUCUCGAACAGAGACUUAAGCUGAUGGCUAGUGAUAUGAUGGAAACUUGCAUACAAAGGACUGAGGCGUCUUUCCAGUCGUGGUUAAAGAAGAGCGUGACAUUCAUGUCGACGGAUUACAUCUUGCCGGCAGAGACAUGUGCGAUGGUUAACGUGGCUCUAGAUGCAAAGAAUCAAGCAUUGAAAUUGUGUGCUGUGGAAGGCGUCGAUAUCUAUCAGUAUCACAGCAAAAUGGAUGGUCAAAUUGAGUCGUGUCUGCUGGCCAUGGCGACUGGGAUGACGACAAGACUGUCCGCUGUACUCGAAGCCACAUUGGCGAAGAUUGCCAGAUUCGAUGAGGGCAGUUUGAUCGGCUCUAUCUUGACGAUAGCCAACGUGUCAGGUUCAGGAAAGGAUAUCGGCCAGGGCUAUGUCAACUUCAUGAGGAAUUCUAUGGACCAAAUCCGAUCUAAGGUAACGGACGAGUUAUGGAUUCUGCAGUUGUUUGAGAACUGGUUCUCCGUCCAAAUGGGUCUGAUCAACACCUGGCUUCUGGGGAGACCAGCACUACAUCCACAGCAGGUCGCCUGCCUCUCAAUCACCGUAAAGAAAAUGUAUAGCGACUUCGAGUUGCAAGGCGUCAUCGACGAGAAACUAAACACGAAGACCUACCAGAGUGUCGCAGCCAGGAUGCACACUGAGGAGGCCACCUGCAGCUUGUUGUUAGCUCAGCAAGAUACCGGUGGUGGUGAUGAUGGCGAAUCCGAAGGUUCCAGAGGAGGCAAGUCCAAACUAGAAGCGCUCACAGAAGAAGCGAAACUUGGUAACGUGACUGCGGUUGUUGGCAAGGUUGGAAAUAUCUUCGGACGUGGCAUAGGUGAGCUGUCAACAAAGUUGGGUGGAGCGUCUUCUUGGUUUUAGCGCAUUUCAAGCGCUCAAAAUUCUCAUGUUUUUAUAAACAUACCUUUCUUUGCCUAUAUUGAUGUAAUGAGAUGAGAUUUCAAAUGACUUUUUGUCACAGCACAGCCAUUUUCAACAUAUAAUUUGAUUUAUUCAUGUGCAAAAAAUGUCAGUGCCGUAACAAAAAGCAUUUAACUGUUCUGUGAUGACGAUAAGUAAAAACAUUGUUUUGCAUUUGAUUACAAUCUAGAAUGUCCGCCAUUUCGAAUUAAGAAAACACUAUGAUAAAAACAAAAUGGCGUCGUACGCGCUAAAACUAUUGUAAGUGGCCAGUUAAUGCAUAGCUUAGUGUGAUUACGUAUAGUGUACCUAAAUGAGGUCUAGAUUUUAUUUUAUAAAAAGCUUUAUGUACAGUUAGAUCAUCAUUCGUUUAAUGGAUCAAAUAUAACAUAAUAGGUGUUAAGAGUAGUAUUUGAUAACACGAUUUAAAUUGUAAUAUUGAGAAAUAAUACGAAAUGCAUACAUACAUACUAAAUGCUACAAUAAGAAAACAUAUCGCUUUGGCAAAGUUAUUUUGUGUAAGUAUUUAUUUUAUAUAUUAUCAUUGCGAAGACAUAUUAAUAUUGUGUUAUUUACAAAAUGUGUAAUGUAACUAAAAUAUCAGCGGGUUGGUUUGGAUAGAAUGAGUGUGGAUAAUACGAGGUUAAAUAUUUUGAAGUAAGUGUUUAAUAUUAUCUACCUAUAUAUGUUCCAAAUGUAACAAUCUCAUUAAGUAUACGCAUUUCUUUACGUACUUACUCAUUUCAAUUUUAUUAUUUUGCACCAUGAUAUGAUUUAGAAUAAACAAUAUCACAUCAAAUUCUUUGAGUGACAGCACAUUGUUUCCACAGUGCAAUUUUCACACCACCACUCUUUCAUAAUAUCUAAUCAGGAUUCCUAUACCUAGGUACUUACUUCAAAAACAGUAUUUUUCUAAUUAUUAAUAUAAUAUUAAUUCCACUUUAUAAAAAUCGGUUGAAUCUCGUCUUUAAAUCAAAUUUUCUUACUUAAGCGUUUUUAUAAAAACAAAAAUGGGCGCGAAAUAUAUUUUUCGAAAUGUGUGUUGCCAUAAAACGAGGCUCCUAAUGAAGGGUAAAAUAUUUGUUUUCAUAAAAACGUGAGAUAAUUAGCUACUCUAUUCUGUAGUAUAUUUCUCUAUUAUAUUUUAUGCUCUGUAGAAUCUAUUACGAUCUAGUAACAUUUUACCUACGCUAGUCGUCGAAAUAAUACAUAACUAUUUAUUAAAAAAAUACUAUUCUAGUAUAUUUGUUAACAAAAUAAUAUUCUUCUACGCUAAACACCUUACAAAUUUUUAAACUAGGAAAAAAAUUAAAUUUCUUAGGUAAAUAUUAAAACAUUAAAAUAGCGUCUAGACGCUAUGCUGAAACGCCUUAUAAUGUGUUGUUGGAAACGGCUUAAGGAAAAUGAAGAAAAAAGCUGACUGUAACUCUAUGAUAUUAUAGAAGUCAAUGCGUGUGUAUUAUUAUGAAACUAAUUCUUCAGUCCGUUAUUUUAAAAAAUAAAAUUCAUUAUCUCUUACUGUUCCUUCUACGAGACUUUUGAGUUGCCCUAUAUAAAAAUACCGAUUAUUUUUAUUAUUAUAAUUUUUAAUAUAAAAGAAAUGCUGACUAUUUUUAAUACUUAUAACUAUAUCAAAAGCUGGUAAUUAUAUACAAAAUACAAUAGAGCUUUCGUGGCUGGCACAGUAUGCAAUGUUAAAGAAAAUAAUAACGUAGUGCUCACGUAUUAUAGUAAUUAAUUAGAUAACAAUGUAAUCACAAUUGUACACAGUAAAAGAACACGAAAAUAUUUAAAAUAUAGGUUCUAAUACAAUUAUAUUAAUUAUUUAAUUGAUAAAUUAAUUAAAUAAAAACAGGAUCAUACGAUCGUAAACAUAUUUAUUAAAUAAAAUUUAUGCAGAGUUUUUAUUUAUCUUAGACUAAAGUUUACAAAUAAAUUACAUGUUUUUAAACAUUUUAAUAAUUUUGCAAUCGAGUUACUACUAGUGUUUUAAAUGUUUAUUUAACAAUACAGGAUAUUGAAUAUGUUUUCAGUUCCUGCCCAAACAACCACGUUACUACUUAUUGUUAAAUCUAUUUGUUUACCUCAAGAUGGACAAAUAAAAUAAAUUUUACCUACAUUAUUUAUGUAUUGUUAAUAUAUGCUACUGAUACAUUCUGUGCUACUAUUGAAAUAAUAAUACAGAAACUACUACCUACGUAAAUUAAUACCUAUUUAUACAAGGAAAACUGAAAGCAUAUUAAAUAUAGCGUUGAACAAAUAAAUUCAAAUUAAUAACAAUCUGAAAAUCAUCCAAAUUUUAAACUCAAAAUAUAUUUUCUGUACUUCAGAUUAGGUGGAAACAGAGAAAUAGUUUUCAGUCUUUCAUAGUGAAUCAGUUCUUCUACUUAUUUGAUUAUAAAUGAACCUUGAUUUUAGAUUGUUAUAAUUCUUACCUUAUCUAUACCACAGAUGACUAUACAAAACUUAUUUAUAUCACAAUAAAAAUGUCUGCCGUUAUAUUUUGUAAUUUUUGUAAUAUUUUUUUAUCAAUAUCUGAUAUUAUGAUCGUAUGAAAAUGUGAUUAUUUUAAAUCGCAAAUUUUAGUAAACACAACAUUUUGGAUAUCGUGCUCAAUUGAAUGAAAACGGCAGUUUGUAGUCUAAGUGCAUUAAAAUGAGCCGACUGAAGUAAUGCGUAGAUACUUGCCUGAUUCGCAUUUGAUUUCGCUGUAAAAGAAACUCACAAUGGUGUAAAAUGUUAAAAAUGCAGAAUUUUUACGUGCCUACCUUCUUGAAAUAUAUGCUAUUUAGUAUAGAGCAAGUUCAUAAUUGCAGAACGUUGAUAAACGAAGCCACUGUGAGUUUCUGGUAAUGCUUGGGAGAGCCAUCGUGUGCGUCGCGAGUGUAAGGG